GUCCCAGGCCUCCGCGAUGAAGGCGAGCUCUGGAGAACAAGGGAGCCCCCCGUGUUUCCUCCGCUUCCCGCGGCCCGUGCGGGUAGCGAGCGGGGGCGAAGUGGAGCUCCAGUGCGUGGUGCUGGGCGAGCCGCCGCCCACCGUGGUGUGGGAGAAGGGCGGGCAGCAACUGGUGGCCUCGGAGCGCCUGAGCUUCCCCGCGGACGGCGCGGAACAUGGCCUGUUGCUGAGGAGCGCGCUGCCCACCGACGCGGGGGUCUACGUGUGCCGCGCGCGCAACGCGGCCGGCGAGGCCUACGCGGCGGCCGCCGUCACUGUGCUCGAGCCACCGGCGCCCGAGCCCGAGCCGCCGGCCACCGAGCGCCCAGUCGCGCCGCCCGGGGCUGGGGAGGGCGCCCCGGUGUUCCUGACCGGGCCUCGGUCACAGUGGGUGCUGCGUGGGGCCGAGGUGGUGCUUACGUGCCAGGUGGGAAGCCUGCCCGAGCCCACGCUGUACUGGGAGAAAGAUGGGAUGGCCCUGGACGAAGUGUGGGAUAGCAGCCACUACACCCUGGUGCCGGGCCGCACCGAGGGCGGCCGCGGAGUGAGCCUCACGCUGCGCAUCCUGGGGGCGCGGCUGCCCGACUCGGGCGUCUACGUGUGUCAUGCCCGCAACCCUCAAGGCCAUGUGCAGGCGGGUGCGCUGCUCCAGGUGCACCAGCCCCCCGAGAGUCCGCCCGCGGACUCAGAGGAGGAACCCCAGCCCGUGGUGGAACCGAUCAAGUGCGCACCCAAGACCUUCUGGGUGAACGAGGGCAAGCACGCCAAGUUCCGCUGCUACGUGAUGGGCAAGCCCGAGCCGGAGAUCGAAUGGCACUGGGAGGGCCGCCCACUGCUGCCCGACCGCCGCCGCCUCAUGUACCGCGACCGCGAUGGCGGCUUCGUGCUCAAGGUGCUCUACUGCCAAGCCAAGGACCGCGGGCUCUACGUGUGCGCCGCGCGCAACUCGGCUGGCCAGACGCUCAGCGCAGUGCAGCUGCACGUCAAAGAGCCCCGCCUCCGGUUCUCCAGGCCCCUGCAGGACGUGGAGGGCCGGGAGCAUGGCAUCGUGGUGCUGGAGUGUAAAGUCCCCAACUCCCGCAUCCCCACGGCCUGGUUCCGGGAGGACCAGCGGCUGCUUCCCUGUCGCAAGUACGAGCAGAUUGAGGAGGGCGCCAUCCGGCGCCUCAUCAUCCACCGGCUCAAGGCGGAUGAUGACGGCGUCUACCUGUGUGAGAUGCGGGGCCGUGUGCGCUCCGUGGCCAACGUGACAGUCAAAGGGCCCAUCCUGAAGCGGCUGCCCCGGAAACUGGACGUCCUGGAGGGAGAGAACGCGGUGCUGCUGGUGGAGACUCGAGAGCCCGGGGUUGAGGGGCACUGGAGCCGUGAUGGGGAGGACCUACCAGCCACCUGCCAGAGCAGCUCUGGCCAGAUGCAUGCCCUGGUCCUGCCCGGGGUCACCCGAGAGGAUGCUGGCGAGAUCACCUUUAGUGUGGGCAACUCCAGGACCACCACUCUGCUCAGAGUCAAAUGUGUCAAGCACAGCCCCCCAGGCCCACCAGUGCUGGCAGAGAUGUUCAAGGGCCACAAGAACACCGUCCUGCUCACCUGGAGGCCUCCCGAGCCGGCUCCCGAGACCCCCUUCAUCUACAGGCUGGAGCGGCAGGAGGUGGGCUCAGAAGACUGGGUUCAGUGCUUCAGCAUCGAGAAGGCUGGUGCCGUGGAGGUGCCUGGAGAUUGCGUGCCCAACGAGGGGGACUACCGCUUCCGGGUCUGCACGGUCAGCGAGCACGGCCGCAGCCCCCACGUGGUGUUUCAGGGCUCUGCCCACCUCGUGCCUACAGCACGCCUGGUGGCAGGUCUGGAGGAUGUGCAAGUGUAUGAUGGGGAGGACGCCGUCUUCUCGCUCGACCUCUCCACCAUCAUCCAGGGCGUCUGGUUCCUCAAUGGACAAGAGCUGAAGAGCGAUGAGCCGGAAGGCCAAGUGGAGCCUGGGGCCCUGCGAUACCGCAUGGAGCAGAAGGGCCUGCAGCACAGGCUCAUCCUCCUCGGCGUCAAACAUCAGGACAGCGGGGCCCUCGUGGGCUUCAGCUGCCCCGGGGUGCAGGACUCAGCAGCCCUCACCAUCCAAGAGAGCCCUGUGCACAUCCUGAGCCCGCAGGACAAGUUGUCGCUGAACUUCACAACAUCUGAUCGUGUGGUGCUGACCUGUGAGCUCUCCAGGGAGGACUUCCCAGCCAACUGGUACAAGGAUGGAGAGGUGGUGACCAAGAACGAGGCGAUGCUGGUGAAGGUGGACGGGCGGAAACACCGCCUCAUCCUGCCUGCGGCGGAGGUCUGGGACAGCGGCGAGUUUGAGUGCAGGACCGAAGGGGUCUCGGCCUUCUUCAGCGUCACUGUCCAAGAACCCCCGGUGCACAUCGUGGAGCCCCGGGAGCACAUGUUCGUACAUGCCAUCACCUCUGAGUGCGUCAUGCUGGCCUGCGAGGUGGACCGGGAGAACGCCCCCGUGCGCUGGUACAAGGACGGCCAGGAAGUAGAGGAGAGCGACACGCUGGUGGUGGAGAGAGAAGGGGUCCACCACCGCCUGGUGCUGCCCACCGCCCAUCCCGCAGACGGUGGCGAGUUCCAGUGUGUCGCUGGAGAAGAGCGCGCCCACUUCACUGUCACCAUCACAGAUGUGUCUUCGUGGAUCGUGUACCCCAAUAGCAAGGUGUACGUGUCCGCCGUGCGCCUGGAGCGCGUGGUGCUGACCUGCGAGUUGUGCCGGCCCUGGGCCGAGGUGCGCUGGACCAAGGACGGGGAGGAGGUAGUGGAGAGCCCAGCGCGGGUCCUGCAGAAAGAGGAAACCGUCCGCCGGCUGGUGCUGCCCUCUGUCCAGCUCGAGGACUCCGGGGAGUACCUGUGUGAAAUCAACAACGAGUCGGCCUCGUUCACCGUCACUGUCACAGAGCCCCCCGUGAGGAUCCUACACCCCCGGGAUGAGGUGACGUUGGUCGCUGUGAGCUUAGAGUGUGUGACCCUGCUGUGCGAGCUGUCUCGGGAUGAUGCCCCCGUGCGUUGGUACAAAGAUGGGCUGGAGGUGGAGGAGAGCGAGGGCCUGGUCCUGGAGAGCGACGGGCCCCGGCGCCGCCUGGUGCUGCCUGCUGCCCAGCCCGGGGACUCGGGCGAGUUUGUGUGUGAUGCCGGCGACGACUCAGCCUUCUUCACUGUCACCGUCACAGCCCCCCCAGAGAGGAUAGUACACCCAGCAGCUCGCAGCCUGGAUCUGCAGUUCUGGGCUCCCGGGCGCGUGGAGCUGCGCUGCGAGGUGGCCCCAGCUGGGUCACAGGUGCGCUGGUACAAGGAUGGGCUGGAGGUGGAAGUCUCAGACACCCUGCAGCUGGGUGCCGAGGGCUCCACACGCACCCUGACCCUGCCCCAAGCCCAACCUGAGGACGCCGGGGAGUACGUGUGUGAGACCCGCGAUGAGGCCGUCACCUUCAACGUCAACCUGGCUGAGCCCCCGGUGCAGUUCCUGGCCCCGGAGACAGCCCCCGGCCCGCUCUGCGUGGCCCCCGGGGAGCCAGUGGUGCUGAGCUGUGAGCUGUCACGGGCCAGCGCCCCUGUGCUCUGGAGCCACAACGGGAGGCCCCUGCAGGAGGAUGAGGGCCUGAAGCUCUGGGCAGAGGGCCCCCGCAGAGCCCUGUGCAUCCGGGCUGCCCUCCAGGCCCACGCCGGCCUCUACACAUGCCAGAGCGGGGCAGCCCCGGGGGCCCCCAGCCUCAGCUUCACCGUCCAGGUGGCUGAACCCCCUGUGCAGGUGGUAGCCCCUGAUACAGCCCAGACGAGGGUCCGCAGCGCCCCAGGCAGGGACCUGGAGCUGGUGGUGCACCUCUCCAGGCCGGGGGGUCCCGUGCGCUGGUACAAGGAUGGGGAGCGCCUGGCAAGCCAGGGUCGGGUACUGCUGGAGCAGGUCGGGGGCCGGCAGGUGCUGCGGGUGCGGGGGGCACGGAGAGGGGACUCGGGGGAGUACCUGUGCGACACACCCCAGGACAGCCGCAUUUUCCUCGUCACAGUGGAAGAACCUCCACCGGUGAAGCUGGUCUCAGAGCUGACACCACUAACGGUUCAUGAGGGCGAUGAUGCCACAUUCCGCUGUGAAGUCUCACCACCAGACGCUGAGGUCACCUGGCUGCGCAACGGGGCCAUUAUCAGUCCAGGGCCCCAACUGGAGGUCGUCCAGCAUGGUUCAAGCCACACACUGACCAUUCGAGGCUGCUGCCUCCAGGAUGCAGGGACUGUGACUGCCCAGGCAGGGGACACGGCCACCAGUGCCCGGCUCCAUGUUCGAGAGGCUGAGCUGCUCUUCCUACGACGGCUGCAGGACGUGAGGGUGGAGGAAGGCCAGGAUGUGUGCCUCGAGGUGGAGACAGGACGGGUGGCCGAGACCGGGGCCGUGCGCUGGCUGCGUGGUGGCGAGUCCCUACCCCACGAUGCCCGCCUGUCUGUGGCCCAGGAUGGCCACAUCCACCGCCUCUUCAUCCGUGGUAUCUUGCUGGCUGACCAGGGCACCUACGGCUGCGAGAGCCGCCACGAUCGCACCCUGGCCAGGCUCAGCGUGAGGCCAAAGCAGCUGAGAGCUCUGAGACCUCUGGAGGAUGUGACCAUUAGCGAGGGGGGCACCGCCACCUUCCAGCUGGAGCUGUCCCAGGAGGGCGUGGCUGGGGAGUGGGCCCAGGGCGGAGUCCGCCUGCAGCCAGGGCCCAAGUGCCACAUUCACGCGGAGGGCCACAGCCACCGCCUGGAGCUCAGCGGCCUAGGCCUGGCAGACUCAGGCUGCAUUUCCUUCACUGCGGAUUCCCUGCGCUGUGCAGCCAAACUCACUGUGAAAGAGGCCCCAGUGACCAUCGUGAGGGGUCCGCAGGACCUUGAGGUGACUGAGGGUGACACAGCUACGUUUGAGUGCGAGCUUUCCCAGACCUUGGCAGAUGUCACCUGGGAGAAGGACGGUCGCGUGCUUGCUGCCAGUCCCCGAAUCAGGUUACAGGCCCUCGGAGUGCGCCGCCUUCUGCAGCUGCGGCGCUGCGGCCCCUCAGAUGCCGGGACCUACAGCUGCGCAGUUGGCACGGUUCGCGCCGGGCCAGUCUGUCUCGCUGUGCGCGAGCGCACCGUGGCGGUCAUCACCGAGCUCCAGUCGGUGCGCGCCCGGGAAGGCGACGGCGCCACGUUCGAGUGCACGGUUUCGGAGGCCGAGACCACGGGGCUCUGGCAGCUCGGAGGCCGCAAGCUGAAGCCGGGAGGCCGAGUCCGCAUCCGACAAGAAGGGAAGAAACACAUGCUGGUGCUGAGCGAGCUACGCGAGGAGGACACGGGAGAAGUCCGCUUCGAGGCGGGACCCGCCCAGUCCACUGCCCAGCUGGAGGUGGAGGCACUGCCUCUCCAGAUGUGCCGCCGCCCCCCUCGCGAGAAGACAGUUCUGGCUGGCCGCCGGGCAGUGCUGGAGGUGACUGUGUCCCGCUCCGGGGGCCACGUGUGCUGGCGGCGGGAGGGGGCUGAGCUGUGCCCCGGAGACAAGUAUGAGCUGCGCAGCCACGGCCCCACCCACAGCUUGGUCAUCCAUGACGUGCGACCCGAGGACCGGGGCACUUACUGCUGCCAGGCCGGCCAGGACAGCGCCUACACCCAGCUGCUGGUGGAGGGUGAGUGA